GUCGUCCUCGGUUCGACACUUCCGAAUCGACGGGGACGCUCACAAGAGGACUUGCCAUGGCCGCCAACGUCCAAGAAAUCACACGCCGACUCGAUGCCCUCCCGACGACGGGGUGCCUCAGCAUCACGCCUCACUAUUGGGGACUCCUCCUCAAGACUGGCGUCGGCUGGGCCAUGGAUUCGAUGGACACGUUCGUGUUCAUCUACCUCGGCCUCGUGCCUGGUGGGUGGGGCACGGACCUUGGCAUCUCUCCGACAAGCCAAGAAGCUGGCCUGCUUGGGUCGUCGGCCUUUGUCGGGUCUCUCUUCGGUUCGUUUCUGUUUGGCCAGUUGGCGGAUCUGUACGGCCGCAAAAAGAUGUUUAUGAUCACUCUGCUCGUCUUCAUGGUCGGAACCCUCCUUUGCGGUGUCUCGAACGGCUUUGGAACGUUGUUGGUCUUUCGCUUCCUGGCCGGGCUUGGUUUGGGCGGUGAAUUGCCUGUCGCGUCGGCGUUGGUUCAAGAAAUGGUCCCUACCUCUGUCCGCGGCCGCAUCAUUGUCAUCUUGGAGUCGUUCUGGGCCGUGGGGUGCAUGCUUGCCGUGCUCAUGUCGUAUGAGCUCAUCAAGGUUGUGAGCUGGCGCGUUGUCUUUUACAUUUCAUCGGUCCCUGCGCUGUACGCCAUCUUCAUCCGCUUCUUCGUGUCGGAAUCCCCCAAGUGGUUGGCCUCGGUCGGGCGUAUGGAAGAAGCCGAGGCUGUCGUCGCCCAGAUUGAAUCCGCCCAUGGGGUCCCGACCAACAAGGGUGACGACAAGUCUGAAGUUGCGUUGACGGUGGAGCAGUCGCUGUGGCUCAACUUGACCCAGUGGGACCGUGUGUGCUUGUUGUUCAAGGGCGAACUGUGUUCUCGAACGCUCGUGCUCUGGACUGUGUGGACGGGCAUUUCGUUUUCGUACUUUUCCAUCUUCAUUUGGCUCCCGAUUCUUCGCUCGGCCGACUACGACAUCAACGCGAACACGUGGGAAGUGCUCUUCAUUGUGUUUUGGCAAUUGCCUGGGUACUUCUCGGCCGCGUACGUCGUCGAGUUGCUCGGCCGCAAGAUUACCCUCUUCCUUUACUUGAUGGGGUCGUUUGGCGCGGCCUUGGCGUUUGGUUACGUGGAAGGCAACCAAGUCAACUUGCUCAUCACGGGGUCGCUCAUGUCGUGGUUCAUGCUCGGUGCGUGGGGAUCGUUGUACGCGUACACCCCAGAGAACUACCCGACCAACAUCCGCGCCAUGGGCUGCGCGUACCCCGGUGGGGUGUCCCGUGUCGGCGCGAUUGCAGGGUCGUACAUCAUCCCGAUCAUGCUUGGCGCUGGCUGGGGCAUCAAGACCAUCAUGUGGGUGGCCGGCGGGGUCCCCCUCAUCUUCAUUGCCCUCGUCCUGUUGGUGUUUGGCUAUGAAACCCGCGGCCAAGACCUCGAGUCCGUUCCGCUUGUCGAAGCGCACUUGAAGGAGAAGCAUGCUCAAUUUGCCGUCGCGACUCCUGUGCACGAAUAGAUUAUUCAAGUGUUAUCGUAAUGCAUGUUGCUACGGCCGGUGGAUCUGUGCACGCUGCCCAUGAAGAAACGAUCCAUGUCGAAUAGUAUCAAGGAGAUCCAUGGGGGUGGGGCGGAACUGCUUCAAACCCAGUACUGCCUCCAGCUGGGUGGGACGUAGUUGUUGCAGCGCGAUUCCAGUCGACGGAGCCCCAGGACGACGGGUUGUGCUUUUGAAUGGCUUUCGGAGACACGGUAGCAGUACAGUUGUUGUAGCCAACGACGUGACUGAGUUCAAGAUAUGGAGCCACGGGUUUCUCAUUUCGACGCCGCCGCAACGUUGUUUAUACUCCAGAGUCAGGUCGGGACGCCCGAAAACCCCACAACGCUGCAAAUUCUUGACGUCUCCAAACCGCGGAAGAGGAAAUCGCAUCUUCUGCACGAUAACCAUUCCCAAUGCCACCGCAGCUACGCCGGCAGGUGGGAAGCCCUUGAUGAGCUGUCAUGGUUCCUUGCCGUCGCCACAACUUGAGGGUGCUAAACUUAAAAAAAUAUUAUAUAAUAAAAAACAACAAAGUUUUAG